CCACAGUACACAGUACAGGCAUUACCACCAUGUCAGACAGGUACAACUUCCUGUCCACCACAGUACACAGUACAGGCAUUACCACCAUGUCAGACAGGUACAACUUCCUGUCCACCACAGUACACAGUACAGGCAUUACCACCAUGUCAGACAGGUACAACUUCCUGUCCACCACAGUACACAGUACAGGCAUUACCACCAUGUCAGACAGGUACAACUUCCUGUCCACCACAGUACACAGUACAGGCAUUACCACCAUGUCAGACAGGUACAACUUCCUGUCCACCACAGUACACAGUACAGGCAUUACCACCAUGUCAGACAGGUACAACUUCCUGUCCACCACAGUACACAGUACAGGCAUUACCACCAUGUCAGACAGGUACAACUUCCUGUCCACCACAGUACACAGUACAGGCAUUACCACCAUGUCAGACAGGUACAACUUCCUGUCCACCACAGUACACAGUACAGGCAUUACCACCAUGUCAGACAGGUACAACUUCCUGUCCACCACAGUACACAGUACAGGCAUUACCACCAUGUCAGACAGGUACAACUUCCUGUCCACCACAGUACACAGUACAGGCAUUACCACCAUGUCAGACAGGUACAACUUCCUGUCCACCACAGUACACAGUACAGGCAUUACCACCAUGUCAGACAGGUACAACUUCCUGUCCACCACAGUACACAGUACAGGCAUUACCACCAUGUCAGACAGGUACAACUCCCUUGAAACUUUGCAGAUUGCAGCGUAUGAAUAUAUAAUUUAAU